UUAUGUAUCUAGAUUUACUAAAUGCAUACUAGUGCAGAAGACCUUUAAAGUGGAAGAUUACAGAACAAGUGUGUUUUGUCAGCAUAUCAUUUUAUAUAUAAUACAUUUAUCUUAAUGUACAAUUACAUUACACAAGCAAACUCUCCACCGAUUUAAGGACGGAUUACCUUUUAUUAGUUUGAGAAUAGGGCAGCAGUUUUAAGGGCCAAAUGUCGAAUAAGCUAAAAUCGAACGUCUCGCGAUCUAGUUCUGAAGACGAAAGCGGCGGCUGCGCAUAUCUUUGCAGGAUGCAGACGAGCAUAGAAGACAUGCGUUCCUUGCAGUUUUGGCGCGCUUUGUUCGCCGAGUUUCUAGGAACAUUCAUACUUGUAAUCGUGGCCGUUGGUUCAACGGUACAAGGGUGGAAUUCAGGCAUAGUUGAUCCCCUUGAUGUUGUUCAGGUAGCUCUCACCUUUGGUUUAGCCGUAUCCACAUCGGUUUGGAUAAUUGGACAUAUAAGCGGGGGCCAUAUUAAUCCGGCCGUGACAAUAGGCAUGUUAGUGACACGUCGUAUUAGUUUGAUCCGUGCAAUUAUGUACAUGAUUUGUCAGUGUGUAGGAUCAAUAGCCGCAGCAGGGUUACUCAAGGCGCUAACACCUCCAGGUCUUCGAGGCGGUCUAGGAACUACAACUUUAAAUGCAGGAGUGUCCCCAGCAAUGGGUUUUGGUAUAGAAUUGUGUAUAACAAUGUUUCUGGUACUAACAGUGUUUGCAACAUGUGACAGCAAAAGAACCGACCAUGCUGGUAGCUUCCCGCUCCAAAUUGGCUUGUCGGUGACUAUGGGGCAUCUUUGGGCAGUUGAGUUUUGUGGUUCUAGUAUGAACCCUGCGCGGAGUCUAGGACCCGCUGUAGCUAUGGAGAUUUGGGAUGACCACUGGGUUUACUGGGUCGGACCUCUGACUGGCGGUGUCAUUGCCGGACUAUUGUACGAUAACUUGCUUGCAUCAAACACAUCAGUAAGAAAGUUCCGGGAUUUCAUGUUGUCAGCCAGAUUUGAAGAUGACAAGUACGAGGCAAGGCAGGAGAAGGUCAUUGUCCUCGAGGAUGAGUUUGAAGGUCAAGCUAUGACCAGACAUGUUUGAGAUCAUGUGACACACCUAUUUGUGCAUUUAAAUGUUGAAAAAUAUGUUGAAAACUUUUAUCCUUUCUUACCAAAGUUAUGCAAAAACAAGUGCUUGUGAUAGCAUAGUUUUUUCACAUUUACCAAACAAUCACAUUUUCUUUUCAACUUUUCAUAUACCAUCUUAAAUUUCACAUAUUAUUUUUACAAUAGUUGUAUACAAUCUAUAUCAUUGUCUAAGAGACUAGUAUUAUUUAGGACUGCAUUAGUAUAGUAUUGAAAUAUGCAUUGCAAGGAAACCGCCAUCAUAACCGUCUCAUCGAAAGUACGAAUGGUUUCCUAGCAAACACAAAUUUCAAGUCACAGGCUUUGUUUUAGGAUUGAUAUUUAGUGACAGAUAUAUUGUUUACAUAUACACGGAUGUUUUAUACAUUUAAACUUCCUACCCAAAUGUAAUCAUGAAUGCAUAUUAUAUAGCUUUAAGGCUGACACGGAUGGGACACGGAUGGGAGAGUGUUGGUUUUUGUUUACAAAUAUUUACGUGUGAGUUAUUACUUAGAAAUGUUGAGUGGGCGAGGUUGAGCGUACAUUUUUCCUUGUAAGAAAUUAGACAUGUAUAAGUCAGAAAACCAAAAAUGCAUUACGUAAAAAAUAGACACUAAAAAUACUGGAAUAAUACGGUUGUACUCCCCAGAAGUCAUAGAACUGUACUCUAAAUACCAUUGCUCUGUGUGCCAGUAUUUUUAAAUGUGGUAAUUAAGUACGUUAAAAGUGAUUGAUUACAGUGUCUGAAAUAACAUAACAAGCAUUUGAUUUCAUAUAUCCAUGUUAUAUCACAUAUAUAUGAAUAAAAUAACAUUCUAUUAACAGUUUGCAUGUGUCAAUAUACUAUUCAAAUCCGCAAGUUAUAUAACUAGCUAACAUUAAUUGGAAUACAUGAUUUCAUUUAUUCAUCCCCUCAAAUCAGGCGAAAUUCAACCACAAUAAACAAUACAUGUAGAUGGAUCACUCAGUCUUCCAGCGUCAUCAACUUUUACUUGUACUGUAUCAAAAUUACAUGUACAAGGACAGAAACAUAUAAUUUGUUUGCGGAAUA